ACAAACAAGAGGUGGCAGUACUGAUGUACAGAGAAUAUAAAUUCACAGUAGCUACCGUUGGCUGGGGGAGGGUCACUGUCCGUGGUGUGUAAACAAGAAGAUACAGGCAGCCACGGUGUUGGCUAAGUGGAGUUAAUGUUACCUUCACAGACCAAAAAUGCAGUCUGUGGUAAAACAAAACCUCCAUUCGGAGACCGAGGGAGACGUCAACAAACUCAUCAACCUCAAGCUCAGUGCAUCCUACACCUAUCUUGCUCUGGGGAUGUAUUUUGACAGGGAUGAUGUUGCCUUGCCAAAGUUCUCCAGUUUUUUCUUGGAGCGCUCAGUGAAAGAGAGGGAACAGGCUGAGAAGCUGCUGGAAUAUCAGAAUAUGAGAGGAGGAAGAAUUUUGCUUCAGACUAUUGCUAAACCAAGUAGAGAGGAUUGGAGAGGUGGCCUGGAUGCAAUGUCCUUUUCCCUGGACUACCAGAAGUCUCUUAACACAUGUAUUCUCGAUGUGCACCGCAGAGCUGGCGUCCACAGCGACCCUCACCUGUGUGACUUCCUCGAGCAGCACUUCCUCACUGACAGCCAUGACACCAUCAAGAAGCUGGGUGAUUACAUUGGCAGUCUGACCCGCAUCACUGCGUCCGAGACACACGGCUCUAUGGGAGAAUACCUCUUUGAUAAACACACUCUGUAAAGGUCACAGCAGCACAGUUACUCAAGCUCCAUAUUUCAAAAGAUACACAGAGUCAAGAGGGCAACAGUCCCUCACACUGUGCAUUCUUCUCCGUUAAGAAAAUUGCAAAAUAUUUUUACAGUUUACCACACAUGUCACUAUUGUACCAAUGGCACAGGAGAAGUUCUCUGCAAAAUAACAGAAAAUACCUCAAUUCUUCUUGAAAAUUGGAAAAAUAAUAAUGUCAUUAAUAUAGUGCUAAAAUUUUUCCUAAGCUGUUAAAAUGAGUCACAUUUUUAUGAAGACUCGAUUGUAUCAUGUCAUGCAUUCCAGUUGGUCAGAGGUUUCAUCCUACACAAAUAUUUUGUAUAAUGCUAACUAUUUUGAGUCAAACAAGUUUUUUUUUUUUUUUUUUUUAAGCAUCGGAGAUUUGAAAUAUCACUGAAAUGCUGAAUAAAGAUCAGUUUAAGGAGA